UAUGCAUGGAACAUGGAUCAUGGAAUAUAGAAAAGUACUUCGAUUAAGUAAUACGAGAAAAUUAAGAAAUAAAAUUUCAAGGAAAUGUCUCUGUUCAGACAAUGUCUCUUUCGAGGAAUAGGGUUCAGAACCUUGAAUAAAACAGCAUGCAAAAGCUCAACAAGGCCAAUGAGCACAGCUGAAACACCUGAAGUAACGCAGGAGACAAGACCUACUGUUAGAAAAGCAGAUGUGGUUGCUCGCAACCAAUUAAAAGAUUUUGGAAAGUAUGUGGCUGAAUGCUUGCCAAAAUACAUUCAAACAGUGCAAAUUACAGCCGGAGAUGAACUUGAGUUACUUAUUGCUCCAGAAGGUAUCACACCUGUAUUGCAGUUCUUAAAAGAUCACCACAAUGCUCAGUUUGCUAAUUUAGUUGACAUUGCGGGCAUGGAUGUGCCUAGUAGACAAUUUCGAUUUGAGAUUAUUUACAAUAUUCUGUCCUUAAGAUUUAACUCCCGAAUAAGAGUAAAAACUUAUACUGAUGAAUUAACUCCUAUAGACUCUUGUAAUGAUAUUUACAAGGCAGCAAAUUGGUAUGAAAGAGAAAUCUGGGAUAUGUAUGGGGUGUUUUUCUCUAACCAUCCAGAUUUGAGGCGUAUUUUAACAGAUUAUGGAUUUGAAGGUCAUCCAUUUAGAAAAGAUUUUCCUCUUAGUGGAUAUGUUGAGGUAAGAUAUGACGAUGAAAAGAAGCGUGUGGUGUUAGAACCUUUGGAAUUAGCACAAGAGUUUAGAAAGUUUGAUCUUUCUGCUCCUUGGGAACAGUUUCCGAACUUUAGAAAUGCUCCAGCUGCAUCAGAAAAUGUUCUACUUGAAGAUGAUAAGAAGAAGUAAUAGUUUCAUUGUAAAAGUUGAUUAAUAAAAUGUAUGUAAAUAUGUAAUACAGUAAUCAUCAUCUGAAA